AUGGCAGUGGUGAAGAUGAUGACAUCGAUGGUGCUGCUAAUGAAGAUGGUGGUGGUACUGCUGAUUAUGGUUAAGGAGAGUGUUGAGGAGGAGGUUGAGGAGAGUGUUCAGGAGAGUGUUGAGAAGAGUGUUGAGGAGCAGGUUGAGAAGAGUGUUGAGGAGGAGGUUAAGGAGAGUGUUGAGGAAAGUGUUGAGGAGAGUGUUGAGGAGCAGGUUGAGGAGAGUCUUAAGGAGAGUGUUGAGGAGAGUGUUGUGGAGGAGGUUGGGGAGAGUGUUGAGGAAAGUGUUGAGGAGAGUGUUGAGGAGCAGGUUGAGGUGAGUGUUGAGGAGGAGGUUGAGGAGAGUGUUGAGGAGAAUGUUGAGGAGAGUGUUGAGGAGAGUGUUGUGGAGGAGGUUGAGGAUGAGGUUGAGGAGAGUAUUGAUGAGAGUGUUGAGGAGAGUGUUGAGGAGAGUGUUGAGGAGGAGGUUGAGGAGAGUGUUGAGAAGGAGGUUGAGGAGGAGGUCGAGGAGAGUGUUGUGGAGGAGGUUGAGGAGGAGGUCGAGGAGAGUGUUGUGGAGGAGGUUGAAGAGAGUGUAGAAGAGGAGGUUGAGGAGGAGGUCGAGGAGAGUGUUGUGGAGAAGGUUGAGGAGAGUGUUGAGGAGGAGGUUGAGGAGGAGGUUGAGGAAAGUGUUGAAGAGGAGGUUGAGGAGAGUGUUGAAGAGGAGGUUGAGGAGGAGGAGAGUGUUGAGGAGGAGGUUGAGGAGAGUGUUGAAGAGGAGGUUGAGGAGGAGGUCGAGGAGAGUGUUGUGGAGGAGGUUGAGGAGAGUGUUGAGGAGGAGGUUGAGGAGGAAGUUGAGGAGAGUGUUGAGGAGGAGGCUGAGGAGAGUGUUGUGGAGGAGGUUGAGGAGAGCGUUGAGGAGGAGGUUAAGGAGGAGGUUGAGGAGAGUGUUGAGGAGGAGGUUGAGGAGAGUGUUGAGAAGGAGGUUGAGGAGAGUGUUAAGGAGGAGGUUGAGAAGGUUCAUGUGAACUUUAAUUAUUGGUGUAAUGUUGGUGUUCAUGUUGAUGAUGGAUUUAAUGUGGACAGUCAUUUUAGAGAUGACAUUUAUGAUGGUCAUGAUAAUGUUGGUGACUAUAAGAUGAUGUGGUCAUGGCAGUCUGCAUACUGCAAUCAUACAUGCUGCUGCUAA